CUUCUCGAAAGUCGCCGGUUUUUCUCCGACCGGCCUCCGAGGUCGAGUUUCUUCCCUAAAUCCCUCCCUCUCCUUCCGCAUGUCUCAAGUUCCCGAUUUCCUGGUGCAGAUCCUCGCGUUUAGGACAUAUACGAUGCAUUUCCCCUAAUUAUUUUGUUGCUUUUUCACGGAAUCAUUCGAAUCUAGGGAUUUCUUGCAGGGAUUUCGUUCCUGAUGCUUUAGGAUUUCCGCCGAUGUUUGUUGCCCCACACUGAGAGAGAGAAGCGAGAGAGAGAGAGAGAGAGAGAGAGAGAGAGAGAGAGAGAGAGAGAGAGAGAGAGAGAGAGAGGACAUGAAUAAUCCGAUGAUGGGCGGCGGCUUGCUCCCUGGUUCGGCCACCGGGAUCCUUGACCUUGACCCCUCCGUCAGUCAGUGCCACCACCACGCUCCCACCCACGCCCACGCCCACUCCCACAUCCAUCCGGUCUUCGGAGGAGGCCUCGACUCGGACCGCCAGAUGGCCUCACUCUUUGUCCCCUCCUCCGUGGGCGCCGCCACAAGCGACGACGAGGACCACUUCCCUGCAAUCGCAGGCGAGGAGGACGGCCACGAUCCCGACUCCCAGCCUGCUUCCGAGGCUGGCGGCAGCAAAAAGGCUUCGCCUUGGCACCGCAUGAAGUGGACUGACGAAGUGGUGCGGCUGCUGAUUUCAGUGGUGGCGUUCGUUGGUGAUCACGACGACGGUAGUCUGGAGAUCCUCAACGGAUCAGCAGCGGCUCGGAGGAGGCACGGGGCCUCCCUCCAGAAGAAGGGAAAGUGGAAGACGGUGUCGAAGUUAAUGCUGGAGAAGGGCUGCUAUGUUUCGCCCCAGCAGUGCGAGGACAAGUUCAAUGACCUCAACAAGCGAUACAAGCGGCUCAACGAGAUCCUUGGACGAGGGACAUCCUGUCAGGUGGUCGAGAAUCCUCACCUUUUGGAUUCAAUGUCUCAUAUCUCUCCGAAGGCUAAGGAAGACGUGAGGAAGAUCUUAAGCUCCAAACACCUCUUUUACCGGGAAAUGUGUGCAUAUCACAAUGGGCAGAGGAUACCGAAUUGCCAUGAUAUUGAUUUGCAGGUCUGUGAUGUCCCAAAAGUCGCUACUUCCAAGGAUGGUGAUGGUCAUGCAAACGAUGAAGAUGAAGAUGAUGAAAAAGAUGGUGAUGAUGGGGAUCAUGAUGACAGGAGCGAUGAAACGGGCAACAAGGGUUUAGAGAGCUUCAGGGCCGAGAUGGAUGUGGUGCUUCAUGACACAACAAAGUCACCAUGGGAACAGAGGCAGUGGUUUAAAGGACGUGCAUUGCAGCUUGAAGAGGAAAGGGUGGAGAUUGAGGCUGAAGCACUGGAACUGGAGAAGCGACACUUCAAGUGGCAGAGAUUCCGUGGCAAGAAGGAUAGGGAGCUCGAGAGGCUGAUGUUGGAGAAUGAGAGAUUGAAAUUGGAAAAUGAGCGCAUGGCAUUGCAAGUGAGGCAGAAGGAGCUGGAGCUGGAUAUCAUGAGAUCCAUGGACAGGGAGCAAGACAUCCAAAGGAACUAGCUACAGCAACUGUGAGAUACGCAGUGGUGAAGAGUUUGGUUCAGCAGCCUCCUCCUCAUCACCGCCACAAUGCGGUGCUUGGUGACAUGGUAACAGCGAGACCUCCCUCGAGGCCGCCGCAUGUUGGACGCGCUCUCGGCGAUGCUCUCCUCAAUGCAGUGCUUCGCGUGCUGCGCCGGCGACGGUGCCGAUGCGGUGUGGAGGCCGGACGUCGUGGAGCUCGUCGUACGUGAGAGCAUGCCGUAUGCUUGCUUUAUAUGGCAUGGUGUGGUAGAACACGUUGCAUGAGUUGCCACUUCUUCCUGUAGCAGGCAUGGUAUACAACACUCGAGAUAGGUCAUCCCUGUUCCGUGGACUCGAUGGAGAUCAUGCCUUCACCAUGUUGCAUAUGCUAAAGCUUCGUUGAUGGUUCCAACAAUAUCUUUUCUUUGGACUUGCUUUGCCUUAAUUUUGCUACAGAUUCAUCCUUUC